AGGUUAGCAGAGGCUCUGUGAUUACAUCAGCUCACGCUGCUGCCCAGUCUGCAUUGGACAAUCUCAAAAUCAUCAUGGACGGCAAACCCUUGGUGCGAGGUGGUGUUUGUAAGCUUGGUUACUCCUGGGAGGCUAUGGAUGUCCGCACGUUUGACGCAGAGGCUUCGUCGUUGGCCAGCCAGAUGCAGGAUGUUCUCCUGCAGCCGACUUGCAAGAACGAUUCUGUUUUGGUGCAAGAAAGGGUUCCGAACAGUCUCGAGAUGAGAUUUAUCACUGCCAUGGGAGAGGUCCGCCACGUGACGUACUCCACUUUUGCCAGGAUUAGUGAGGAUGGGCUGUAUAGGGACUUCGAGAGGUCUAUGGAUCGAACAGAGGCUGCCCAUAGGUGGUUUGAGGGAGAUGUUGAAGCCCUGAAGGAGGCCGAGGGUAUAUGCCACACGUGCAUACGAGCCUGGCAGCGAUGGAUGCUGACGGAGGCGGACCAGCCAGCUCCGGCCCUGCGGUAUGACUUCAUCAUUGGUCGCGAUGAGCACGGCAAGUUGACGGUGUAUUUGGGAGAACUCUGUGAGUUGGGCUUUAGCAUAAUGGACUACCCCUACGCUGAAAGGGAUGUCUUUGGUGCUGUGGUGGACUCAAUAACGUGGGAUAGGCCCUGUUUGAGCUGUGGGGUUGGGAAAGAACAAGCUCCAGCAGCAUGUGGAUUAUGUCUUAGCGGAGCGAAGCUCCCUGUGAAGCCACCAACUGUUUCCGAGAAGGCUACCACGCACUAGGGACGACGAUCCCCCAUCGCAUGUUGCUCAAGUUCCUGUGUUUCAACCAAUACCUGAGAUGAGAGCUCGCGAGCAGUUC